AUGAAGCGAGCUCUGGUCAUCCGCAAUGUGUCAAGCCACGACGUGCCUCUGGACAGUCUGGACAAUGCGUGUGUACAAGCCUGUUGCCACGAAGGGUUCAUCACGGAGCUGGCGGUGAAUGACGAGCAGGACGUCAUGCACCAGCUUAUGCAGACGCAUGCGCGCUCUAGCGCCAGCAACGACAGCCGCUUCUCUUACCAGCAGGCGCCUCCCAUGCGCGCACACGCAGCCUCGGUCUACACACCUUCUGCCCCCUUCGACGUGGUACUAUUCCGAGCGUCAGGACUCUCGGAGCGCCGUCUGUAUCCGCUAUUACGUACGAUCCGCACCAUCAGUAAGCAGAUCUUCCUCUGUGUCUUCAGUCCGCAGCUUGUAGAGCACCCCAUGGGUCGCUAUCAGUGCUUUCAAGAAGGAGCAUCCAUGGUCACAGACUCUUUGGGCGCAGUAAGAGAUCCCAGAGGUAGAUCUGGCGGGCGCGACGGCUUCACGUGUCCGUUCUGCGGGAAGAACGGCAUGGAUGAAGACCAGCUCUGGCGACAUUGUCCUAUGUACCAUAUCAACGAAAAGAACACGGACGGAAUCAAUUGUCCCAUUUGUCGAGAGAUCCCGAGAGGACCGUUCCAGGUCCAUAUGCACAAUGCACACGGGCCCCCUGGACGACACGAGAUGACGAGCGAGUUCCACAUGGCCGACACAACACUCUACUCGUUCGCACUUGUCGUGUGUCAUAACAAAAAGUACAAUAGCUUCCUGCUCGUCCAAGAGUUCGCCAACUCUGGCUUCUGGUUACCGGGCGGACGUAUCGAUAGUGGCGAGAACCCGGCAGAGGCAGCGAUCCGAGAGACGAAAGAAGAGGCUGGCAUCGACAUCCGCCUUACGGGUGUGUUGAAGCUCGAGUACCAUCCUAAGAAAGACCGAAAUGGUAGCGAGUACGUGCGAAUGCGCUUCAUCUUCUACGCCGAGCCGAUAGAUCGCGACCAACCGCCCAAGUCCAUUCCAGACUACGAAAGUGCCGGAGCCACGUGGUGUCGUGCUGAUCAGGUGUCGUCUUUGCCGCUCCGUGGAUCUGAACCCGUCACUUAUUUUAACCAUGUAGCGUCAGGCAAGCCGAUCUACCCGCUUGAUCUCAUUCACAUGUCGUCUUCAAACUAG